CUUAGUUGUAGAUGGAGUAACAUUCACAUGACAUCAACAUGAUUAUUUGUAAUCACUCACCACCGAGCCGUAGCCGCAAGUAACAUAGGCUGCGCCUUUCUUGAUGAAAAACGAGGAAAGAUGGCAGAAUUCGUAAAAAUAGGCACUUCCCUGGCGAGCUCAACCUCAUCGGGAGACAGGCGGACGUGGAAGAGGAGCAAAAAUCCUAAACACAGCAUGGAUGCUGAACAAGAUCAUAGUUCAACAUUCCUAAUUUUUUGGCAACAUCCGCCAUCCGCAAUGAUCGGCGAUCAGGCGAGUGUGCUUGUACCGUCCAUGGCCUAUCAUGGAGCUUCUGCGACGCAAAUAUCUUCG